AUGAUGGCGGACUUAACGAAUCAAGCCGUAGAUGGCAUGAUUGAUCCCGAGAUUUUCAAACAGGUCCAAACCGAUAUAGAUGAAGACAUCAAAGUUAGAGAUGAGAUACGGGGGCUUCUGAAGUCAUUGGACAAGCAUGAUCGUUCAAUCCAAUCAGUUCUAUCUAGAGUUCACGCAGUUCCUGCGUCAUCUUUGGCAGCUCUACUUAGUAGUGCACAGCCUUUCUUUGAACAGCAGCGAGAUACUUUAAAAGAACUCGAUGCUAUUGCAUCGAAAUAUCCAUACUACAAAUACAAUUCAAUAUGGACAAGGGAGUUACAAGCCGCGUCAUACGGGAUUGUGCUGGCCGGAUGGCUCGGGGCGUUUACGCCGGAAAACGAAGAGCGAAAGGAAGGUCGCUUGAUGACUAUCAAGGAAGUCGGCGAGAAGCUUGGGGUUUCGGUAAACGUCAGGGAAACCGAUGUCUUUCAUCUCUCUCUUGAAGAGUAUCUACACUCUCUAAUCAAUCUGAUAGAGGAAUUGACCCGGCUUGCGGUUAACUCUGUUACGUUGGGCGACUACCAACGACCAAUGCUCAUUAGCAAGUUCGUGAAGGACCUUCAUGCUGGGUUCCAACUGCUCAAUCUCAAGAAUGACGCUCUGAGGCGGAGAAGCGAUAGUAUAAAAUACAACGUCAAGAAAAUCGAGGACGUGGUCUAUGAUCUCGCAUUGCGAAAAUUGAUCAACCAAACGGAUAGCCAAGCCCCACCUUCACAAUAG